UUUGUUCCGCUGGCUACCAUCGACUGGGGAUUUGAAUUUGAAGUUUGAACCCAACCAUACUCAAAAAAUUUCAAACCGAGAAGAGCCCAAAAUUCGAACAAGCUGAAAAGCCUCCGCGAUCGGCUCCCCUCGCACGUGCCUCCGGACCAACCGCCGUGGUCCCCUCACUCGCGGGCACGCUCUCCGGGUUCCCACCACCUCCGCCUCUUCCGCCGCCGACGAUGCCGCGCAAGGCCUCCUCCAGCGCAGAUGCGCGGUCCAAUUGGCGGAAGCGGAAGCGCACCGCCAAUCCCUCCCCGUCGAAGCAGCCGGCCGACCACUCCGACGACUCCGACUCCGCCGCAGCCACGAACGGCUUCGGCGGCGGCGACGACGACGCGCCCCACGCCGCUUCCGCCAACGGGGGCGGAGGAACCCUAGCAGCUGCCGCCGCCGGCGAUGACGACACCGUGCUCGACCUCCGCGAGGCGGAGGUGUUCUCCUCCGCCGAGCCCGUCUCCGGCUUCCCCGCCGCAGUCCGACGCGCCGUCGGCCGGCCCCACCCCUCGGUGCUUGCUGUCGUCGCGGCGGAGCGCGCCGCGGCCGGUGCCAGUGGUGCUCCGUCCACCCCAGCUCCGUCGCCCGCGCUCGAGAACAUUUCUCACGGGCAGCUCCAGGUGCGCUCGGCCAUGCUGCCAGACCACCCGUCCCUGUCCGACGACCCUGACAAGCCGUCCACCUAUGUCUGCACCCCACAUCCGCUCAUGGAGGGCCGUGGCGUGCCCAAGCAGUUCUACGGCAAACUACACAUCGUGCCAAGGCACUCAGAUUGGUUCAUACCGACGACGGUGCACAGGUUGGAGAGGCAGGUGGUGCCACAAUACUUCUCAGGGAAGUCCCAAGGGCACACACCAGAGAAGUACAUGAUGUUAAGGAAUAAAGUGAUUGCGAAGUAUUUGGAGCGACCUGAGAAGCGACUUGUGUUUGCCGAGUGCCAGGGGCUUGUCACAAGCACGGCUGAAUUGUAUGACCUGAGUAGGAUACUUAGGUUCUUGGAAAGUUGGGGGAUCAUUAAUUACCUAGCAGCCGGGUCUGCGCACCGGGGCCUGAGGAUGGCAGCAUCGCUAAUCAAGGAGGAGACAACAGGGGAACUGCAGCUGGUAUCUGCACCAAUGAAAUCGAUUGAUGGUUUGAUUUUGUUUGACCGGCCAAAAUGCAGUAUCCGGGCUGAGGAUAUAGCUUCUGUGGUGUCAACUUCAUCUGCUCCAGUGGUGGCAAAUGGUGAUGCUGCUGCAGAUUUGGAUGAGAAGAUCUGGGAGCACUUAUCAGAGAGUUCUUGUAGUUUCUGCUCAAAACCUUUGACCGACUUGCACUACGAAUCACAAAAGGAGGCAAACAUUUUUCUUUGUUCAGAUUGCUUCCACAAUGCAAGAUUUGUUCCUGGGCACUCAAGCUUAGAUUUUCAGAGAAUGGAUGGGACAAAAGAUGGAUCAGACACUGAUGGGGACAGAUGGACUGAUCAGGAAACUUUACUGUUGUUGGAGGGCAUAGAGAAGUUCAAUGAUAACUGGAAUCAUAUUGCGGAGCAUGUUGGAACAAAGUCAAAGGCACAAUGUAUUCAUCAUUUUAUUCGUCUUCCUGUGGAAGAUGGUUGGUUAGAGAACAUUGAAGUGCCAGAAGCAUCCCUUCCAUUCAGAAUGCAAAGCAAUGGAUUUUUGCAUUCAGAUUCCAAUGGUAGUACUUCAGGUUGCUUUCCUCAAAGUAGCCAACCUAGAAACCAGAUUCCAUUCAUUAAUUCUGCUAAUCCAGUCAUGUCACUGGUUGCAUUUUUGGCCUCUAAAGUAGGACCAAGAGUUGCAGCAUCCUGUGCAAGUGCAGCAUUAUCUGUUUUGACAAGAGAUGAUUCCAGGAUGUGUUCAGAAGGCAUUGAUGCUAUAGGUCAUGCUGCUCAUCGUAACUACGGUAACUGCUUUGUUCCCCAAAUUUGGAAUUCUCUCCUGAUGAUUUACGGUAAAUGCUUUGUUUUACUAUCUUAUUGUGCAGAGAUUAUUGUAAAACACAAUCAAUCUUCUUCUGAAACAGAACCCUCAUCAUCCAUCUCUCAUGAAGCUGUCAAAAACGCUGCAAUGUGUGGCUUGUCAGCAGCAGCAACAAAGAGUAAACUUUUUGCAGAUCAGGAGGAGCGUGAAAUUCAGAGAUUAGCUGCCACCAUCAUAAAUCAUCAGUUAAAGAGAUUGGAGUUGAAGUUGAAGCAGUUUGCUGAGGUUGAGACCAUGCUCUUGAAGGAAAGCGAGCGGCUUGAGGGGAUGAGGCAGCAGCUGGCAGCUCAGCGUGCCCGGAUGUUGUCAGCUCGGUUUGCUUCCACAGGAGGCACUCUACCGGGAGGCAGCAGUACCAUGGCUUCAAAUCCAAUGAACCAGGUCACCAGCCCUAGACCACCGUUAAUGCCAAGCUCAAUGCCACAGUCCAGCAUGCCGGCAUUGUACACCAAUAACAUGCAGGGGCACCCCCAGAUGGCCCUGCUGCAGCAGCAGCGGCAACAGAUGCUCUCGUUCGGGCCUCGCUUGCCGCUCUCAGCAAUCCAUCCUGGCUCAUCCUCGUCGGCGCCCAACAUCAUGUUCAACCCUGGGAUGCCCAAUCCGGCAAGUCCUAAUCACCAUCCCUUGUUGAGACCACCCUCAGGGAACAAUUCGAAUGUAGGUUAGUGAGACGAGAUUCUUUUUUUUGUGUGUGUGUCUUAGACUCCUGGGAUGUAGCCCUGAUUCGCGAUCAUUGACCAUUGCAAUUCAAUUUCACAAUCACGUAUAGAGGUAGUUGGUACCAGCAAUAGGUUUUCCAUUCUCUCUCUCUUCAAGAGUUUGAUAAGAUUGAUAUUGCCAGGAGCUAGGUGGUGCAUAGAGGUUAUUUCAUCCUGAUUAAAGUAAUUAUUACUGCUCCUAAUCGCUCUUAGAAAAUUACGGAGAUUGAAUCCAAGUGCAUUCUUUA